AUGACCACACAGAUCACCCCUUCUAAGCAGGCCGCUUCGGCCAUUAACGCGUUGAAAAUGGAGUCGCCGAUCAAGAAACUGGAUUUUGGCGUCGCCGACAAGGAAAACAAACCUCUCGAUGACGCUGCUGUCACUGCCCUCGCUGAGCAGGUCGACGCCGAUCACGAAUCCAAAAAGGAGAGCAAGAAGGAGGAAAAGACGACGACUGCAAUUACUCCUGGGAUCAAUGCAGAAGAGGCCGAUGAGCCUCUCCUCCAAGAGAAUCCUCAGCGCUUCGUCUUGUUCCCCAUCAAGUAUCACGAGAUCUGGCAAAUGUACAAGAAGGCUGAGGCGUCCUUCUGGACAGCCGAGGAGAUCGAUCUCUCCAAAGACUUGCACGACUGGAACAACCGUCUCAAUGAUGACGAAAAAUAUUUCAUCUCUCACAUCCUGGCCUUCUUCGCUGCCUCUGAUGGUAUUGUCAAUGAGAAUCUGGUCGAGCGAUUCAGCGGCGAGGUCCAGAUACCCGAGGCUCGCUGCUUCUACGGUUUCCAGAUCAUGAUGGAGAACAUCCACUCAGAAACCUACUCCCUGCUCAUCGACACGUACAUCAAGGAAAACGCCCAGCGCACUUACUUGUUCAAUGCCAUUGACACCAUUCCCUGCAUCCGUAAGAAGGCCGACUGGGCCAUUCGCUGGAUCCAGGACAAGGAGUCCACCUUUGCUCAGCGUCUCGUCGCGUUCGCUGCUGUGGAGGGUAUCUUCUUCAGUGGUGCAUUUGCCUCCAUCUUCUGGUUGAAGAAGCGCGGCCUGAUGCCCGGCCUUACAUUCUCCAACGAGCUCAUCUCUCGUGACGAGGGUCUGCACACUGAUUUCGCUUGCCUCCUGCAUUCCCACCUCAAGAACCGCGCGAGCAAGCAGGUCAUCUACGAUAUCAUCACAGAUGCUGUCGCCAUCGAGCAAGAAUUCUUGACCGAGGCUUUGCCCUGCGCUCUACUCGGCAUGAACUCCAACUUGAUGAAGCAGUACAUUGAAUUCGUUGCCGACCGGUUGUUGGUCGCUCUUGGCAACGAAAAAGUGUACAAGACGUCCAACCCCUUUGACUUCAUGGAGAAUAUUUCUCUUGGCGGCAAGACCAACUUCUUUGAGAAGCGAGUCGGUGACUACCAGAAGGCCGGUGUCCUGGCCAGUGCCUCGAAGAAGGAAGAUGCUGCUGUUUCCGACGAAAAUAAGGACGGAGGUGACUUUACCUUUGAUGAUGACUUUUAA